CCGUGCACCCGGGAAGGAGUUUGCGUGGCCCUCGCUCCGGCUCUCGGCGCGGGUUGCGGGCGCGAGAGGAGACCCUCCGCCGGGGGCAAACCUCGGCAGCAGGAGGCGGGUUUGGCGGAGAAGCAGCCACCCCAGGCUCUCGCGGCUCCCCCUACCUAUUCCAUUGCUCCCUUUCCCAAGCGGAAAGGGGAGGACGAGGAAGAAGAAGAAGAAGAAAGAGAAGGGGGUGGGGUGGGAGAACUGGAUAUAAAGAUCGGCUGGGGGAUGGUGGAAGAUUUUUGGUCUCUCCAGCGGCGUCUUUCCUUAAGCGGCGGCGGCAGCGGCGGCAGCGGCGGCAGCAGCAGGAGAAGCAGCCUCGGUGAUGACUGCCGCAUGUUAAUAGCCGCCGCUCGGGUCUCUCGGCUGCUGCUGGAGACGGAGCCUGACUCCGAAGUUGUGCAACUGUGGACUGGGAGACACAUUUGAACCUUCCUCUCUCUUGGCUCCGUUUCGACCCCCUCGGUGUGUUUGGAGCGAGAGAAACGUCAAGGAAGACACGCAUUUGGGUCUUUUCUUCUUGUUUUCCCCUUGCCCUUUCUCCAUGGCUGUGUAGUGGAAGAAAGGGGGGGUGGGAAGGAGAGACUUUUUGUUGUUGUUUCUCCACCCUCCUGCUGCCUGCUCUGCGCUUUGGUAUCCUUCUUGGCCGCGUGUGGUGGGGUGCCUUCCCCGGGGCCGGCCGGUCUCUUGCCCCCGGGCUCCAUGGCUGGAUUGUGGACGCUGCCCCCGGCUGCAGGUUGUUGAGCAACUGAUGGGACGAUCGCAGGGACCGGCGGUUGCGGAAGAAAUGUUUAAAUGUUCAGUAAAUCGGAGGAAAAGAACAUGGACUUUUAGCAACUGAAGAGCAAAUUAAGCUUUGUCUCCUUGUUCAGACUCUUGGAUUGGCCAGUGGUACCUUUUCCAACCCCAGCAGACACCAGAUUCGAUGAACAGAUUCAAAUUUGGGAUAUUGGUGUUUGUUUUUGAGAAAUUUUUUUGUGGGAUUUUUUUUUUUUUUUUUUUUUUUUUUUAAUCAUCGGUCUUGGAAUACAGAAGAGGAACCAGAAAGACACUUAUUUCAUUUCACGUUGGGAACACUCACUUUUGAGGCACUCUCACUCCCCGGUCCACAAUCAUGUGGCCAUCACAGCUACUAGUCUUCAUGGUGCUUGCUGCACCAGUCGUUCAAGGUGGCAAGCACAGUGAGCGACAUCCAGCCCUUCCUGCUCCACUGCGACAUGCUGAGCGCAGCCCCGGAGGCGCUCUCCCACCCAGACAUCUCCUUCAGCAACCUGGCGCAGAGCGGGCCACUACUCAUCGUGGACAAGGGCCCCGUGGAGCUACCAGAGGAGGUCGUGGUCCAGGUGCCCAAGGAGCCCAGAGUGCAGCCCAAGCUUUCAGCCGUGCCCCAAUUCCGAUGGCUGUGGUCCGCAGAGAGCUGUCCUGUGAGAGCUACCCCAUAGAGCUCCGCUGUCCAGGAACAGAUGUCAUCAUGAUAGAAAGUGCCAACUAUGGAAGGACUGAUGACAAAAUUUGUGACUCUGACCCUGCUCAGAUGGAGAACAUACGAUGCUAUCUGCCAGAUGCCUAUAAGAUUAUGUCUCAAAGGUGCAAUAACAGAACGCAGUGUGCAGUGGUGGCAGGUCCUGAUGUUUUUCCAGACCCGUGUCCAGGAACCUAUAAAUACCUGGAAGUGCAGUACGAAUGUGUCCCUUACAAAGUGGAACAAAAAGUUUUUCUUUGUCCUGGACUACUGAAAGGGGUAUACCAGAGUGAACACUUGUUUGAAUCCGACCACCAAUCUGGGGCAUGGUGCAAAGACCCUCUGCAGGCUUCGGACAAGAUUUAUUAUAUGCCCUGGACGCCCUACAGAACCGACACCCUCACUGAGUACUCCUCCAAGGACGACUUCAUCGCCGGAAGACCUACCACAACCUACAAGCUCCCUCACAGGGUGGAUGGCACAGGGUUUGUCGUGUAUGACGGAGCUCUGUUUUUCAACAAAGAGCGCACCAGGAACAUAGUCAAGUUUGAUUUGCGGACUAGGAUAAAGAGCGGAGAGGCGAUCAUAGCAAAUGCUAAUUACCAUGAUACCUCCCCUUACCGAUGGGGAGGCAAAUCUGACAUAGACCUGGCCGUGGAUGAAAAUGGGCUCUGGGUGAUCUAUGCAACAGAACAAAAUAAUGGUAAAAUUGUCAUUAGUCAAUUGAACCCUUAUACCCUACGGAUUGAAGGGACGUGGGAUACUGCGUAUGAUAAAAGAUCCGCUUCCAACGCAUUUAUGAUUUGCGGGAUUCUGUAUGUGGUCAAAUCUGUCUACGAGGAUGAUGACAAUGAGGCCACAGGGAAUAAGAUUGACUACAUUUACAACACCGACCAAAGCAAGGAUAGUUUGGUGGAUGUCCCCUUUCCUAAUUCAUACCAGUACAUAGCAGCUGUGGAUUACAACCCCAGGGACAACCUUCUUUACGUAUGGAAUAACUAUCACGUCGUGAAAUAUUCCUUGGAUUUUGGACCUCUGGAUGGUAGAUCAGGGCAGGCGCAUCAUGGACAGGUGUCCUACAUCUCUCCACCCAUUCACCUGGACUCUGAGCUAGAAAGACCUCCUGUUAGAGAAAUGUCUACCACAGGACCUCUUGGCAUGGGAAGCACCACCACCAGCACCACCCUGCGGACCACAACUUGGAGUCCAGGCAGGAGUACCACCCCAUCCGUGUCUGGAAGACGUAACCGGAGUACCAGCACCCCAUCUCCAGCUGUGGAGGUGCUUGAUGACAUGACCACACAUCUGCCAUCAGCCUCGUCCCAAAUCCCAGCUCUGGAAGAGAGCUGUGAGGCUGUGGAAGCUCGAGAAAUCAUGUGGUUUAAGACCCGUCAAGGACAGAUGGCCAAGCAGCCUUGCCCUGCAGGAACGAUUGGAGUAUCCACUUAUCUCUGCCUGGCUCCUGAUGGAAUCUGGGAUCCCCAAGGACCAGAUCUUAGCAACUGCUCUUCUCCUUGGGUCAACCAUAUAACACAAAAGUUGAAAUCUGGAGAGACCGCUGCCAACAUUGCUAGAGAGCUGGCUGAACAAACAAGAAAUCAUCUGAAUGCUGGAGACAUCACCUCCUCUGUCCGCGCCAUGGACCAGCUGGUGGGCCUCCUGGAUGUACAGCUCCGGAACCUGACCCCAGGAGGAAAAGACAGUGCCGCCCGGAGCUUGAACAAGCUUCAGAAAAGAGAGCGCUCUUGCAGAGCCUAUGUCCAGGCGAUGGUCGAGACAGUUAACAACCUUCUCCAGCCACAAGCCUCAAAUGCAUGGAGAGACCUGACUACAAGCGAUCAGCUACGGGCAGCGACCAUGUUGCUUGACACUGUGGAGGAAAGUGCUUUUGUCCUGGCCGAUAACCUUUUGAAGACUGACAUUGUCAGGGAGAACACAGACAAUAUUCAGUUGGAAGUUGCAAGGCUGAGCACGGAAGGAAACUUAGAAGACCUAAAAUUUCCGGAAAACAUGGGUCACGGAAGCACUAUCCAGCUCUCCGCAAAUACUUUAAAACAAAAUGGUCGAAACGGAGAGAUCAGAGUGGCCUUUGUCCUGUACAACAACUUGGGUCCUUAUUUGUCCACGGAGAAUGCCAGCAUGAAGUUGGGAACAGAGGCUAUGUCCACCAAUCAUUCUGUUAUUGUCAAUUCCCCUGUUAUUACAGCAGCAAUAAACAAAGAGUUCAGCAAUAAGGUUUAUUUAGCUGAUCCUGUGGUGUUCACUGUUAAACAUAUUAAGCAGUCCGAGGAGAAUUUCAACCCUAAUUGUUCAUUUUGGAGCUAUUCCAAGCGCACAAUGACAGGUUAUUGGUCAACACAAGGCUGCCGGCUUCUGACAACAAAUAAGACACAUACUACCUGCUCUUGUAAUCACCUAACCAAUUUUGCAGUACUGAUGGCACACGUGGAAGUUAAGCACAGUGAUGCGGUCCAUGACCUUCUUCUGGAUGUGAUCACGUGGGUUGGAAUUUUGCUGUCCCUUGUUUGUCUCCUGAUUUGCAUCUUCACAUUUUGCUUUUUCCGCGGGCUCCAGAGUGACCGCAAUACCAUCCACAAGAACCUCUGCAUCAGCCUUUUUGUAGCUGAACUUCUCUUCCUGAUCGGGAUCAACCGAACUGACCAACCUAUUGCCUGUGCCGUUUUCGCUGCCCUCUUACAUUUCUUCUUCUUGGCUGCCUUCACCUGGAUGUUCCUGGAGGGAGUGCAGCUCUACAUCAUGCUGGUGGAGGUUUUCGAGAGCGAGCACUCACGGAGGAAAUACUUCUACCUGGUCGGCUACGGGAUGCCCGCGCUCAUCGUGGCUGUGUCAGCAGCGGUAGACUACAGGAGUUACGGCACAGAUAAAGUAUGUUGGCUCCGACUUGACACCUACUUCAUUUGGAGCUUUAUAGGACCAGCGACCUUGAUAAUAAUGCUUAAUGUCAUCUUCCUUGGGAUUGCGCUAUAUAAAAUGUUCCAUCAUACUGCCAUUCUGAAACCUGAAUCGGGCUGCCUUGAUAAUAUCAACUAUGAGGAUAACAGACCCUUCAUCAAGUCAUGGGUUAUAGGUGCAAUAGCUCUUCUCUGCCUAUUAGGAUUGACCUGGGCCUUCGGACUCAUGUAUAUUAAUGAAAGCACAGUCAUCAUGGCGUAUCUCUUCACUAUAUUCAAUUCUCUACAGGGAAUGUUUAUAUUCAUUUUCCAUUGUGUCCUACAAAAGAAGGUACGAAAAGAGUAUGGGAAAUGCCUGCGAACGCAUUGUUGUAGUGGCAAAAGUACAGAGAGUUCCAUUGGCUCAGGGAAAACAUCUGGUUCUCGAACUCCUGGACGCUACUCCACAGGCUCACAGAGCCGAAUUCGUAGAAUGUGGAAUGACACGGUCCGAAAGCAGUCAGAGUCUUCCUUCAUUACUGGAGAUAUAAACAGUUCAGCGUCACUCAACAGAGGAGCCAUGGCUAAUCAUCUUAUAAGCAAUGCUCUGCUUCGUCCGCAUGGUACUAACAAUCCCUAUAAUACAUUGCUUGGGGAACCGGCGGUCUGUAACAACCCUUCUGUCAGCAUGUACAACGCACAAGAGCCCUACAGAGAGACAAAGGGGCUUCUGAACAAUGCCAGGGAUACAAGUGUCAUGGAUACUCUACCACUGAAUGGUAACCAUGGCAAUAGUUACAGCAUUGCCAGUGGUGAGUACCUGAGCAACUGUGUGCAAAUCAUAGACCGUGGCUAUAACCACAACGAGACCGCCCUAGAGAAAAAGAUUCUGAAGGAACUCACUUCCAACUAUAUCCCAUCUUACCUGAACAACCACGAGCGCUCCAGUGAACAGAACAGGAAUCUGAUGAACAAGCUGGUGAAUAACCUUGGCAGCGGGAGUGAAGACGACGCCAUUGUCCUGGAUGACGCCACCUCCUUUAACCAUGAGGAGAGUUUGGGCCUGGAACUCAUUCAUGAGGAAUCCGAUGCUCCUUUGCUUCCCCCAAGAGUUUACUCUGCGGAGAACCACCAGCCACACCAUUACACCAGAAGGCGGCUCCCCCAAGACCACAGUGAGAGCUUUUUCCCUUUGCUAACCAACGAGCACACAGAAGAUCUCCAGUCACCCCACAGGGACUCUCUGUACACCAGCAUGCCGGCCCUGGCUGGUGUGCCCGCUGCGGAGAGUGUUACCACCAGCACCCAGACCGAACCCCCACCGGCCAAAUGUGGUGAUGCCGAAGAUGUUUACUACAAAAGCAUGCCAAACCUAGGCUCCAGAAACCACGUCCAUCAGCUGCACACCUACUACCAGCUAGGGCGCGGCAGCAGUGAUGGAUUUAUAGUUCCUCCAAACAAAGAUGGGACCCCUCCGGAGGGCAGUUCAAAAGGACCAGCUCAUUUGGUCACUAGUCUAUAGAAGAUGACACAGAACUUGAAACCAACGAAACUGCUAACACCUGGUGGACUGUUCUGAGUUGAUAUAAGCAGUGGUAAUAAUGUGUGUACUCCUAAAUCUUUAUGCUGUUCUUGAAAGACAAACACGGACUUUCAGACGUUUUUUUUUUUUUUUUUUUUUAAACUGGGAUUUAUAGGUCAGCCCAGGGGAGAAAGAUGACUGCUGAAAUUCCCCUGUGCCCUCUCCUUUCCUGUCUUUCCCCCUCAGAUGGAGACUUCAUUAUGUUAAUGAACGAGAUACGAAGAAGAUGGCGCUCAUUGUGGCCUUGUUGAAUUCUGUUGUGUUUGUUCUAACAUCUCUGAUGCUCUGUUACUAUAAUAACAAGGACCUGAUUUUUAAAAGGCCAGAAUGGUUGUUUGAAAUUAGUAACAAUGCUGCAUCUAGAUUGGAGUGCUGCACAAACAAACGUAAAAACAAAGGAAAACUGUAUCGCAUAGUGGUUUUUAGUCACUCACAACCUGAAUUCACCACAGCAGGAAUAGCUGUGGAAUACAAAAUAAAACAACAAAAUAAUGAAAUGGAGGGGAAUUCUAGAAUUAUAUGCUAAAUGCAUAUUUUAUGAUUUGCUGUAUUAACUGAUGAUAAAACUAAUGGCAGAAAAAAAAAUGAACAAUUUCUAUGUAAUGUACAGAUACUAGCAUUGCACAUAUAGUCAGCUUUCUGUUCCUCCAGAAUUUGAGUCCUGUUAAUGUAGUGGAAAAAAAGAGAUAUUUUCUUUUUCUUUCGUGCUGGUCUUGCAAGUUUGUCUACCAGUAAGAGAACAAAGUUUCCUUCCUUUCUUCUUUCUUUUUCUUCUUUCAUUUUCUUUUCCUUUUGUUUUCUUUUUUCUUUUCUU